AGUUAAAGACUGCCCUUUUCAUGACUCUCCAAGGAAAUGGACGAUAGCAAUACUUCGCCGACUUCACCUAGUUAAAAAAAAAAGGUUUUGUAUAUUUUUGACUUAAUCUGGCAUGACAAAAAGUUUCAGGAGAGAAAUAAAGCAGGAUGCUGGAUCUCCAUGAGUAGAGUCUAGCCAGUGUUUUUGAUGAAGUGAUACGGACUGCUUGAGCGCACCCUACAGCGGCCAUGAAGCACGACAACUCGAGGCACUGGAGGACAUGUCAGCAGAGCGCUAAUUUAUUGCUGGUUCUAAUCAGCCAAUCAUAUGCAAUAUUAGAUCCUGCAUUCAGUGGAGGCGGGGCUGUGCAAAGAAAUUGUUCUAGCAGUGAAUACUGGAAUCCUGCAGGAUUCUGCUGUGAUAAAUGUCAUCCAGGGUUUAAGUUGAAAGAGGUAUGCCCUAAAUCAGGCACAAGGUCCACAUGUGUUCAAUGCGGGGAUGGGACAUACAGAGAGAAUUCAAACAAUUUUGAAAAUUGUUUCACUUGUCGGCACUGCAGAAAACCCCAUGCAGUGGUGAAGUCACGAUGUAGGAGCAAUAGCAAUACUGUGUGUGGAUGCAAGUCUGGAUACUACAUGAAGAUAAUUGACCCUUUGACGUGGGAAUGUGUUCCCUGUAGGGUUUGUGGACAUGGGCAGACUAUAACUGGAGGAUGUAUUGGGGAAAAUAAUACCAAGUGUGAAUGCAAAGAAAAACAUUACGCUAUGAGCAAAAACUCCUGUAAACCAUGUGUUGAAUGUCGUAAGGGGUGUGAACACAUGUGCAUCUCCAGCACUCCACGUAAUGCUGUUAGAUCUGUCAGCCCAACUGAUUCUACGAGCACAGUGCCUCAGAUACUGGUCCCCGUUUGCGCAUGUAUCAUGGUUUUAGCAGUGGGAGCCUUUAUGAUAUAUGAGGGCAUCAGGUUAUGGAGAAAGAAAAAACGGGCUUUGUCAUCCCAGACGUCAUUACCUGAUCCUGAGGCAAAGUUUGAAGACAAGCUGAGGAUUGUCGCAUUGCCACCAGACAGACUGGAGGAAAGCGUCCCAUUCACAAACCAGCCGUGUGAAAUGAAACAAUGCAGAGAACUUCCAGACUGCAUCCCAAGAGAGAUCAAAACUCACGAGUUCUCCUACUUUGUGUUGGACGAGGUCCCUGUUGGACGAUUUAAAGAACUUGUAAGGCGACUUGGUGUUUCUGAGCAGGAAAUUGAAAGGGCAGAACAAGACCACCGAUCCUUUAAAGAUGCCCAGUACCAGAUGCUGAAGGUUUGGAGUGACAGUGGGAGUGGAGAGAACAACGUUGUGUCAUGUCUCCUCAUCCAGAUGUUAAUAGACACACUGAAAACCAUGUAUUUAGCUGGCUGUGCAGAUAGCAUUGAAAACAAGUUUCUUUCACGGGACAGAAGUUGUUCAUCCUGAGGCCAUUGAAGGUGAAUGGAGAAAAGGGCAUUAAAAGAUAUAUUAAGGGGAUAGUUUAUCCCCCCCCACAAAAAAAAAAAAAAAAAAAUGUCAGAAUUUACUCAUCCUCAUGUCCUUAAAAGGAAAAGGAAAAUUAUAAAGAAUAUCGUUGUCCCUCUUUUCAAUACAAUGGCAAUGUGAUUCCACUUUCAAGCUUCAAAAAGGACCCAAAAGGAUCAUAAAAGUAGUCCAUGUGACUCAUGUGGCAUAUUAGUAUUCAGAAGGCGUACAUACAAUUUUGAUGAGAAAAAACCAGACAAGUCAUUAUUCACUGAAAAUCUUAAAGGAAUAGUUCCCCCAAAAUUAAAAUUCUCUCAUCAUUUACUCACCCUCAUGCUUUCUUCUGCUGAACACAAACAUUUUAGAAGAAUAUUUCAGCUCUGUGGAUCCAUACAAUGCAAGUGAAUGGUGAUCAGACCUUUGAAGCUCCAAGAAGCAGAUAAAGUCAGCAUAAAAGUAAUCCAUACAACUCCAGUGGUUAAAUCUAUAUCUGGGAUAAGACCAAAUUGUGACUCCUUUUUCACUGUACAUCUUGACAGCAGUCUCCUUAGCAAUCAUGAUUUCAAGCUCGUUUACACUGUGUAACUGUGAAGUGUAACUGAGCUUGAAAUCAUGAUCGCGCCUAGAGACUGCAAUGGCAAGAUGUACAGUGAAAAAAGAGUUACAUUUUGGUCUGUUCACACCCAAAACCAACUGGAUUGCUUCAGAAGACGUGGAUGAAACCACUGGAGUCUUAUGGAUUACUUUUAUGCUGACAUUAUUUCCUUUUAAGAGCUUUUGGAGUUCUGGUCACCAUUCACUUGCAUUGUAUGGACCUAUAGAGCAGAUGAGUAAAUGAUGAGCGAAUUUAAAUUUUUGGGUGAACUAUCUAUUUAACAUAAUCACAUGUUCAUGAGAGACACUCACUUACUCGCUCAAAGCAAGUUCGCAUGGACUAUUUUCAUUAUAGUUAUGCAUUCUUUUGAUGCUUGAAAACGGAAUCACUAUCCACUGCCAUUGUAAAAAAAGAAAAGAAAGGACGGGAUCAUUUUUUGUUUCCCAGAUGAAAGAAAGUCAUUUACUACAUUUUAAUUUUGAGGUGAACUAUUCUUUUAAACUUCCACUAAGUACCAUGCCUCAGAGAUUUCACACUAAAAAUGUUCCUUGGCUUUCUUUUUUUUGAAUGAACAUAGCAUAGAUCUGUGUUAUGCUUUGAUGCAUUAUUAAGUCUUUUCUAUGAGGGCUGUAAUAGUUUAUAUAUCUGAAUGAGGGUGGUGAUGUGUAGUUUUAGUUUUGAUUGUAUGAAUGGAUGUCUAACUCUUGCAAGUUUCUACAAAUGUUACUCAUAUGUGUAAUGGAGAAGCCAAAUAUUGUAUUUUGAAUAUAAUAGGGUAAAUAAUAAUAAUAAUAAAAAAAGAAAUUAUAUUUUGAAUAAAGAAAUUCAUUACCGUAAUGCAUCUGGA